AUGGUUCAUUUAGAAAAUAUCUUUUUAAAGAAUGUAUUAUUGUAUUUACCAACAUUAAAAGAUAUUGGGAAAUUUGCACAAAUAUGUAAAUCAUGCGAAGAAGUAAUUAAUACAAUUUAUGUUAAUCCAUAUAACUUAACAUUAUAUCAAUCAUUUGAUAAAAUUAUUCGAAUUUUUCCUAAUUUACAAACACUUUAUCUUAGAAGAUGUCCAGAAAAAUUAUAUAAAAUAUCAACAAAUAAUAUUCCACUCAUUGAAAUUGGAAGAUGGAGUGAAAUAUCAAAACCAACAAAAGUAUUUGAUACAAAAUGGUUUUGUUCAAAAAUAAGAAAAUUAAGAAUAAAUAUAAAUUUUUCUAUAAAAUUUGAAUUAAAACAUCCAGAAUAUUUUACACAAUUACAAGAAUUAAUUAUUUUAAAUGAUAUUAAUUUAAACACAACAAUAAAAUUAUUUAAACUAUCAUCACUAAAAAAAGUAAUUAUUUUUUGUAGUAUUAAUAAAUUAUAUGAAAUUUCAGAAUUAUUUAAUUUUAAUCAAAAUAAACAAAUUAAUUUCAUUAUUAUUUUAUAUCAAAAUGGAUUUACAAAUAAUAAUUUAUUAAAUCAAAUAGAUUAUAAUGAAUUUAUUAAUUGUACAUUUUAUACUAGAAUAUUUAAUAAAUCAACAAUAAAUUUUCCUUAUUUACCAUUAUUACCAUAUGAACCUGAAAUUUUAAUGAAUUUUAAUAAUAAUAAUUAUGAUAUUAUUAUUGAGAGUAAUAUAUUAGAUAAAAUUAAUCAAAUUAAUGAAAUAGUCUUAAAAAAUAAUAUUCAAAAAGUUUUAAUUGAAAAUAUUUUAAAUGACUUUGAAGGAACUAAAAUUGAUUUAACAACAUUAUAUAUUGAAUUCUUAUCAAUAAUAGAAAUUAAAAAACAAAAUCUAAAUAUCAUUUUUCCUCCUAAUUUAAAAUCUUUAACAAUUAAAUAUUGUGAUGCAUCAAUUGAUAUUUCAAAAUGUCAUUUAACAAAUUUAAUACUAAAUAAUUAUCAAGGAAAAUCGAUAGAAAUACAUGAUGAAAAUUUAGAAAAAGUUAAAGUUAAUUCUAAACAAGAAGUAAAAUGGUAUCAUAACGGAACAUUACUUAAACAAAAUGAAAUCUAUUUAGAUAUGAAUAAAAUUAGUUUAUUAUCAAUUGAUUAUUAUGAUAAUUUUAUAAAUAAUAGAAAUAAUAAUAAUAAUACUAAAUUACAAACUUUCAUUUUUAAAUAUAAUGAUAAAGAAACUAUAUUAAGUAAUAUCCAAUUAUUUAACUUUAAAGAUAAUAAUAUUGUUUUUUGGAAUUGUAAAGGACAAGAAGUAGAUUUGAGUGAAUUUCCUUUUCAUAGUAUUGAACUACAAAAUUGUGAAUUUAAAUAUUUAAAUAUAAAAUGUAAUUCAAUUAGUUUGCAAAAUUGCCAACUUAUUAAUUUAAAAGUAAAAUGUAAUUCAAUUAAUUUAAACAAUAUUAAAUGUAAUAUUUUAACUCUUGAUGGUGUUUGUGAUCGUAGUCAUCUCUAUAAUUGUAAAAUAAACACAUUUACAUGUGAUAUUAUUAGAUAUUUAACUUAUACAAAUUCACAAAUUAAUGUAAUUAAUGCAAAUGAAAUAAAGAGUACUUCAGGUCCAAAAACAAAUGUGAAAAUUUGGAAUAUUAAAAAUCUGAAUUGA